GGGCGAAAUAUAUGAUGUAUAGAUAAGUGCAUUAACACGCAUAUACAUAUGCAGGAACGAAAAAAAAAUUUAUUGGUUCGUUUCCUUCGAUCAAUCAGUGAUCGAACCGAGAAAACAAUUGUAUUCUUGUUAAGUUGAUAUCAUUUUUAUAUGUAUUGCCUCUUAAAAUUUAUUUGGUUUUUAUUAAUUUGCUUUAUAGAUUUGUUCAUGUUAAUUUAGCAGUUAAAUUUUCAUGGGAUAUUAUUUUAUUAUCUAUUUUAGUUAAGCUUUUUUUAUAA